UCAUUUUAAGAGACCUGUCUUAUUUUCUCUUGCAUAUUUAGUAUUCCUCUUUAAUAAAGAAAAAGUACUUCUUAUCUGAUUAAUCGAUGGAAUAAUCGGUAGAAUACUCGAUUACUAAAAUAAUCGAUAGCUGCAGCCCUAGGCCAAGCCCAACCCUUGAAAAACAGCACCUGAGUUCAGUGAUUUGGAGGGGUGUCUUUUGACAAUAUAGUGUAUAUUGUGCAAUACUAACUCAUUUAAAUUAAAGUUAUGGUACCUACUGUAUACACAGAAACAAAAUAUUCCCAAGGGUCGAGAUAAAAGCUGAGGAACAAGUGCCCUUAUCUUGAUGAACAUCCAGGCACUGAGUGGUACACACUAUAUUCCUUCAAUAUACACUCACUGUCUACUUUAUUAAGCACAUUCAUGUAGUUUGUGAUAUUUUUUUUUUUGCAUUGUGCUACUGCCACAUGAUUGACUGAUUUGCUAACUGCAUGAAUGUGCAGGAUUUUCUACUAAAGUGAGCAGUGAGGGUAUCUUCUGAUAAACAGACAGGGCAGAAAUGACUAUUUCAGUAUGUAUUAAUAUACUCUAAGGAUGUGCGAUCAUCCAGUAUAAAGUAUUUAUUACACAGGAAAAUACUAGUUAACUCCGUCGCUGCUGUCGAAGGAUAUGUGAUAACCUUCAUACACAAUGUUUACCCAUGUCAUUUUUUAUCUCUGUUUUUUUUUCUGAAGUAAUGAUUAGCCAGAGCGUGAGCAGUACAAGAGCUUAAACGUGUGCUGAGUCACUCCUGGGAAGAAUCUCGAGUGCCAUGGCUCACAGGCUGUUUGAGGAGAAACACCAUGCAUCAAUUUACCAAAAGUAUCGCAUUAUUCCACCUGAUAGCGUAAUGGAGAUCAUUCUGGAGUACCUGAACAAGAAGAAAGGACCUCCUCACGAGCUUGCUGUGGACCUGGGCUGUGGGACGGGGCAGAACACUCGUCUACUGGCUCCUCAUUUCCAGAAAGUGGUGGGCAUUGAUGUCAGCGAGAGCCAGGUGGAGGAAGCCAGGGCAGUGCCAGGGUUUGCAAAUGUCACCUACAGGUCAGGUCCAGCCGAGGAGCUGCCCUUUCCUGAUGGCUCUGUGGAUUUACUGACUGCAGCAUCUGCGGCUCACUGGUUCGAUGCUGAGCGUUUCCUGAUAGAAGCAGGACGUGUGUUGAAGCCUCGCGGCUGUAUUGCUCUUCUGGGCUACACUGACGAUUUCAGCAUGCAUUAUGGCUCCUGUGGUGAGAAACUGAACAAGAUCUUUGCAGAGGUGAAGCAGGUUAUCAGACCCUAUGCUAGUCCUCGGGUGGCUAUAGCCAAUAGCAAACUGCAAGCUUUAUUUGAAGCUAUACCAUUCGCUGAAAAAGAGAGGAUUGAAAGAAUUGCAAUGAAGAUGGAGAUGACGGUCGCAGGCAUGGUCGGCUUCAUGGAGUCUUUCUCUUAUUGUCAAACCUACUUUAAGAAUGAUCCCCAAGCUGCCGCUGCUCUUUUGGAGUCAAUGAUGACACGGCUUCUCGAGCAAAUGGGCGUCUCGUCACCUGACACCAAGUUAGAGUUCACAGCGGAAUACUACAUCGUGCUGGCAUGUAAACCACAGUGAAGAGAACCACUCUGAUUUGAAGGAGGACUAACGUGAUAAUCACAGCAUAUUAUUCAUGGGCAUUUGUGCCAUUUGUUAGAAUUACAUUUGUGCACUUUUAAAUGAAUGAGUUUAUCAUUAGCAGAAAUCUAAAUGAUCUACAUCACAUUUGCACCAUAUUUACACAUAAAAUGUUAAGACCUAGCAUACUUUGUCUAUGUUAAGUCAAUCUAUAUAGAUGUCUAAUAAAUGAUUUAUUUUACA